AUGUCCAUUGCCACCGUCUACCAAAAGUUGGACACAGCGGUUAUCUUCAACACUUUGGAAACUAAAGCAAGUACUCCAAUAGUGAGAUCUCAUCAUGAUUUAUUAAAUUCUUCAGAUCCUUUCCAACAAAUUAUACAGAUUCAAGAACAAAUAGGUGAACUUAUUUCUGCUAUCUUUACAAAUGAUUCCACUUUAUUACAAGCGCUACCUCAUUUAGAUCAUAUCAAACCAAACACAGUCAUCAAUAUUGCAUUAUCAAAUUAUCAAACAAUCAUUGCAUUAAAAGAUUUAAAUUUCACAACAUUAGUUUCAAAUUCAAAUCAAGAUAUAAUAAAUCAUUCUGUAUUGGCUCAUUUAUUAGUUCAAAAUAAUAUUGGUAAACCGGUUUUACAUUUCAUCAAUUAUGAAUUAGCUACUGGUAGUAUUAAAUUCAAUGCAGAUGCUUUUGAUAAACUAUUAUCUCUUGAUUUAACUCAAGAUGAAGAUUUAUUUCAAUCAGCUUUAAAUCAUGCAAAUAAACAUGGUUUUAAAAUUAAUCAUAUUGAUUACCAUGCUGGUUCCAAAUCUGCUAAAACUGCUAUUGUUUCAUUAGGUUCUCAUUUCCAUGAUUUAACUAAAAAUUCAUCAAAUUUACCAAUUAUUGAUAUCAAAAUUUUUAAACCUUUCCCAAUUGAUCAAAUCUUAUCAAGUUUACCAUCUUCAAUUGAUUCUAUUGCUAUAUUGGAAAAUUCAAUUAAAAAACCAUUCACAAGAUUUUCUCCACUUUUAUUAGAAUUUUUCCAAUCUCCAUCUGCUUUAAUUGAAAAAAAUAUCUUGAAAAUUACUUCUGCUUCAAUUGGUGAUUAUGAUGAUGAUUUUAAUAAAUUAAUUAAUAUUAUUUUAUCAAAUUUAUCAAUUGAUAAUCCAAUUCAAAAUUUAUUUUUCGGUAAUGAAGUUGAAAAUUUCAAUAAUUUAUCUCAAUCAAAAUUAGAUGAAAUUUCUAAAAUUAAUAAAUUAGAAUCAAGUUAUAUUACAAUAUUAGAUCAAAUUUUUGGUUCAAAUUUACAAAUUUUUAAUCAAUUUCAAAAAGAAAAUAUUAAUUUAUCUUCACCUGAAUUUGGAUUUGGUUCUUUUAUUUAUCAAUCUGAACAACAACAAAAAUUAACAAAUUUAAUUCAUAAUUCUCUUGAUUCUCCUGAAUUAAAAUUUAAUACUCCAAAAGUUAAUGAAUUAGUGGAAAAAUUAUCUAAAUGGUUAGUUUUCAAAAGAGAUGGUUCAUUAUCACAAGAUCAAUUACAAAAAUUUAAUUCUUUAUCAUUAGAAAUUUUAGAUAUUUUACAUAAAGAUGAUUCUGAAACUUCCAAAAAAUUACUAGAAUUUAAAUCUUCAUUUUUAAAUAAAUCUUCUUGGUUAAUUGGUUCUGAUUCUUGGGCUUAUGAUUUAGGUAAUUCAGGUGUUCAUCAUGUUUUAGCUUCAAAUGAAAAUAUAAAUGUCUUGAUUAUUGAUAAUGAAACUUUUGAAGAAAAAAAAUCAAAUCAAUUAAAAUCUUCAACUUUAAGAAAAAAAGAUAUUGGUCUUUAUGCUAUGAAUUAUACAAAUGCUUAUGUUGGUUCAAUUGCUAUUUAUUCUUCUUAUACUCAAAUGUUAACAACUUUAAUUGAAGCUACUCAAUUUGAUGGUCCUUCAAUCAUUUUAGCUUAUUUACCAAUUCAAAAUGAAUUUGAUACUCCAUUAGAAAUUUUAACAAAUACUAAAAAAUCUGUUGAUUCAGGGUUUAUACCAUUAUAUCGUUAUAAUCCAAAAUUAUUAAAAGAUUCUGAAAUUUUUAAAUUAGAUUCAACAGUUAUAAAAGAAAAUUUAAAAGAAUUUUUGGAUCGUGAAAAUAAAUUAACUUUAUUAUCCAAGAAAUCUCCUCAAUUUGCAAGAGAUUUAAAACAAUCUCAAACUUCAAUUAUAAAACAAAAACAAGAUAAAAAAGCUCAACAAGCUUAUGAUCAAUUAUUAGAAGGUUUAUCAGGUCCUCCAAUUUCUAUCUAUUUUGCUUCUGAUGGUGGUAGUGCUGAAAAUUUAGCUAAAAAAUUAGGUAAACGUGCAAGUCAAAGAGGUUUAAAGGCAACUGUUUUAUCAAUGGAUGAUAUUAUAUUAGAAGAUUUACCAUCAGAAGAAACUAUAUUAUUUAUUACUUCAACUUCAGGUCAAGGUGAAUUUCCUCAAAAUGGUAAAAAUUUUUGGGAUUCAAUUAGAAAUUCUGGUGAUUUAGAUUUAGAAUUUUCUUCAAUUUCUUGUUUUGGUCUUGGUGAUUCAUUAUAUUGGCCAAGAGCUCAAGAUAAACAUUAUUAUAAUAAACCUGCAAAAGAUUUACAUGAAAGAUUAAAAUUUUUAAAUGCAAAAGAAUUAAUUCCUUUAGGUCUUGGUGAUGAUCAAGAUGCUGAUGGGUUCCAAACUGGUUAUAAAGAAUGGGAAUCUAAUUUAUGGAAAGCUUUAGGUGUUGAUAAUAUAACAACUGCUGAUGAACCUCCUCCAAUUACAAAUGAAGAUAUUAAAAUCGCAUCAGAUUUCUUAAGAGGUGGUAUUGCUGAAGGUUUAAAAGAUGAAAGUACUGGUGCUAUUUCAGCUCAUGAUCAACAAUUAACUAAAUUCCAUGGUAUUUAUAUGCAAGAUGAUCGUGAUUUAAGAGAUGCUCGUAAAGCUGCUGGUUUAGAACCAUUUUAUAUCUUUAUGGCUCGUGUUAGAUUACCAGGUGGUAUUACUACUCCAGAUCAAUGGUUAGUUUUAGAUAAAUUAGCUGAUGAAAGAGGUAAUGGUACUGUUAAAUUAACUACAAGAGCUACUUAUCAAUUACAUGGUAUUGUUAAACAUAAUUUAAAACCAUCAAUUAGAGCUAUGAAUUCUGUUUUAAUGGAUACAUUAGGUGCUUGUGGUGAUGUUAAUAGAAAUGUUAUGAUUAGUGCUUUACCUCAUAAUGCAAAAAUUCAUUCUGAAGUUGAUAAUAUUGCAAAAAAAAUUUCUCAACAUUUAUUACCACAAACUACUGCAUAUCAUGAAAUUUGGUUAAAAGGUGAUGAUCCAGAAGAUGAUGAUCCAAAUUGGCCAGAAAUUUUUGAAAAAAGAAAAGAUGGUCCAAAAAAAAUUAAAACUUUAGUUGCAGGUAAUGCUUUAGUUGAUAAUGAACCAUUUUAUGGUCCAACUUAUUUACCAAGAAAAUAUAAAAUUAAUAUUACAGUUCCACCUUAUAAUGAUGUUGAUGUUUGGUCUUCAGAUGUUGGUUUAAUUGCAAUUGUGGAAAAUAAUGAAGUUAUUGGAUUUAAUGUUUUAGUUGGUGGUGGUAUGGGUUCAACUCAUAAUAAUAAAAAAACUUAUCCAAGAGCUGGUUCUUCAUUUGGAUUUGCACCAAUUGAUCAAAUUCAUUUAGUUUGUGAAAAAGUUAUGUUGGUUCAAAAAGAACAUGGUAAUAGAAAAGAUCGUAAAAAUGCAAGAUUAAAAUAUACUGUUGAUACUUUAGGUGUUGAUGUUUAUAAAUCAAAAGUUGAAGAAUUAUGGGGUCAAAAAUUUGAACCUGAACGUGCUUAUGAAAUUAAAGAUAAUGUUGAUCAUUUUGGUUGGGUUACUGAUGAAUUAUCAAGACAUCAUUUCACUUGUUUUAUUGAAAAUGGUCGUGUUGAAGAUACUCCUGAAUUACCACAAAAAACUGGUUUGAAAAAAAUUGCUGAAUUUUUUAAAUCAAAUCCAAAUUCAAAAGGUACUUUUAGAUUAACUGGUAAUCAACAUGUUCUAAUUUCAACAGUUUCUAAUGAAGAAUUACCAACAGUUAAACAAAUUUUACAUGAUUAUAAAUUAGAUAAUACUGAUUUUAGUGGGUUAAGAUUAUCAAGUGCUGCUUGUGUUGCUUUUCCAACUUGUGGUUUAGCAAUGGCUGAAUCUGAACGUUAUUUACCUGUAUUAGUUGGUAAAAUUGAAGAAGCUUUAGAAGAAUAUGGUUUACGUCACGAUUCUGUUGUUAUGAGAAUGACUGGUUGUCCAAAUGGUUGUGCAAGACCUUGGUUAGCAGAAAUUGCUUUAGUUGGUAAAGCUUAUGGUACUUAUAAUCUGAUGUUGGGAGGUGGUUAUUAUGGUCAACGUGUUAAUAAGAUUUAUAAACAAAGUAUUAAAGAAGAUGAAGUUUUAGCAAUUUUAAAACCAUUAUUUAAAAGAUGGGCUUUAGAAAGAGAAGAAGGUGAACAUUUUGGUGAUUUCUGUAUUAGAACAGGAGUUAUUGCACCAACUUUAGAAGGUAAAUAUUUCCAUGAUGAUGUUCCAGAAUGGGAUUAA